CGGACGUGACGUCAUAUUUAGCAGCCAGGUCCAAUGGUGGCUAUUUAGCAGCCCUGGGACAAACACACCAAAAACUUCAUAAAUAACUCGUUUUCAAGACAGAUAAACAUGUCUACUGCCAUGAAUUUCGGGUCAAAGACCUUCAAACCUCGAGCUCCGGAUAAAGGCUCUUUUCCUUUGGAUCAUUUCGGGGAAUGUAAAGCCUUCAAGGAGAAGUUCAUGAAAUGUCUGAGAGAAAACAGCUUCGACAACUCAAGGUGUCGACUGCAAUCCAAAGACUACCUGGAAUGCCGAAUGGACCAUCAGUUGAUGACCAGAGAGCCAAUGGAGAAACUGGGCUUCAAGGACCUGAUGGAUCCACCUCCCAGCCAGGCCGACAAAGACUCUAAACCCUGAUUUCCACUCAGUAAAGACACCAAACUCGACAAUGUUGGCUUUGUAGAAGAACGAAGGGGGAAAAGAUUCAAAGAUCUCUGGCCUUAGAUGUUUGCAGAGGCACAUCUGAUAAUGUAAAUAUCAUGAGAAAAGUUUAAUAUAUAUAUUUAAAACAAAUGCUUUUACAUUGUGAAUAAAUCUUUUUUUAUUUAAAAGUA